AUGAGGGCGAACCGGGCUCUGCCGGUGCUGGGCUUCCUUCUCAGCCUGGCCCGGGGCUCCGAGGUGGGCAACUCGCAGGCAGUGUGUCCUGGGACUCUGAACGGGCUGAGUGUGACUGGCGAUGCCGAGAACCAGUACCAGACAUUGUAUAAGCUGUACGAGAGAUGUGAGGUGGUGAUGGGCAACCUUGAGAUUGUACUCACAGGACACAAUGCAGACCUCUCCUUCCUGCAGUGGAUCCGAGAAGUGACGGGCUAUGUCCUUGUGGCCAUGAAUGAAUUCUCUGUACUACCACUACCCAACCUCCGAGUGGUUCGGGGGACCCAGGUCUAUGAUGGGAAGUUUGCCAUCUUUGUCAUGUUGAACUACAAUACCAAUUCCAGCCACGCUCUGCGCCAGCUCCGCUUUACUCAACUCACUGAAAUUCUGUCAGGGGGUGUUUACAUUGAGAAGAAUGAUAAACUUUGUCACAUGGAUACUAUUGACUGGAGGGACAUCGUGAGGGACCGAGAUGCUGAAAUAGUGGUGAAGGACAAUGGCAGAAGCUGUCCCCCCUGUCAUGAGGCCUGCAAGGGGCGAUGCUGGGGUCCUGGACCAGACAACUGCCAGACAUUGACAAAGACCAUCUGUGCUCCUCAAUGUAAUGGUCAUUGCUUCGGGCCCAACCCCAACCAGUGCUGCCAUGAUGAGUGUGCAGGGGGGUGCUCUGGCCCCCAGGACACAGAUUGCUUUGCCUGCCGACACUUCAAUGACAGUGGAGCCUGUGUGCCCCGGUGCCCACAGCCCCUUGUGUACAACAAGCUAACUUUCCAGCUGGAACCCAAUCCCCACACUAAGUAUCAGUAUGGAGGAGUUUGUGUAGCCAGCUGUCCCCAUAACUUCGUGGUGGAUCAGACCUCUUGUGUCAGGGCCUGUCCUCCUGACAAGAUGGAAGUAGAUAAAAAUGGGCUCAAGAUGUGUGAACCUUGUGGAGGGCUGUGCCCUAAAGCCUGUGAAGGGACAGGCUCUGGGAGUCGCUUCCAGACUGUGGACUCGAGCAACAUCGAUGGGUUUGUGAACUGCACCAAGAUCCUGGGCAACCUGGACUUUCUUAUCACCGGCCUCAAUGGAGACCCCUGGCAUAAGAUCCCUGCCCUGGACCCAGAGAAGCUCAAUGUUUUCCGGACAGUACGCGAGAUCACAGGUUAUCUGAACAUCCAGUCCUGGCCUCCUCACAUGCACAACUUCAGUGUUUUUUCCAAUCUGACAACCAUUGGGGGCAGAAGUCUCUACAACCGGGGCUUCUCCUUGUUGAUCAUGAAGAACUUGAAUGUCACAUCUCUGGGUCUCCGAUCCUUGAAGGAAAUUAGUGCUGGGCGUAUUUACAUAAGUGCCAAUCGGCAGCUCUGCUACCACCACUCUCUGAACUGGACCAGGCUGCUUCGGGGGCCUUCUGAAGAGAGAUUAGACAUCAAACACAACAGGCCUCGCAGAGACUGUGUGGCAGAGGGCAAAGUAUGUGAUCUGCUGUGUUCCUCUGGAGGAUGCUGGGGCCCAGGCCCUGGUCAGUGCUUAUCCUGUCGAAACUACAGCCGAGGGGGUGUCUGUGUGACCCACUGCAACUUUCUGAAUGGGGAACCUCGUGAGUUUGCCCAUGAGACCGAAUGCUUCUCCUGCCACCCAGAAUGCCAGCCCAUGGAAGGCACUGCCACAUGCAAUGGCUCGGGGUCUGAUGCUUGUACUAAGUGUGCUCAUUUUCGAGAUGGGCCCCACUGUGUGAGCAGCUGCCCCCAUGGAGUCCUAGGUGCCAAGGGUCCUAUCUACAAGUACCCAGAUGUUCGGAAUGAAUGUCGGCCCUGCCAUGAGAACUGUACCCAGGGGUGUAAGGGACCAGAACUACAAGACUGUUUAGGCCAAACACCAGCGCUGAUAAGCAAAACCCAUCUGGCAAUGGCUUUGACAGUAGGAUUGGCUGUGAUUUUUCUGAUCCUGUGUGGCACUCUUCUCUAUUGGCGUGGGCGCCGGAUUCAGAACAAAAGGGCUAUGAGGCGGUACUUGGAACGGGGUGAGAGCAUAGAGCCUCUGGACCCCAGUGAGAAGGCUAACAAAGUUUUGGCCAGAAUCUUCAAAGAGACAGAGCUGAGGAAGCUUAAAGUGCUUGGUUCAGGUGUCUUUGGAACUGUGCACAAGGGGGUAUGGAUCCCUGAGGGUGAAUCCAUCAAGAUUCCAGUCUGUAUUAAAGUCAUUGAGGAUAAGAGUGGACGGCAGAGUUUUCAAUCUGUGACAGAUCACAUGCUGGCCAUUGGCAGCCUAGAUCAUGCCCACAUUGUACGUCUGCUGGGGCUAUGCCCGGGGUCAUCUCUGCAACUUGUUACUCAAUACUUGCCUUUGGGUUCUCUGCUGGAUUAUGUGAGGCAACACCGGGGAGCACUGGGACCACAGCUACUGCUCAACUGGGGAGUACAAAUUGCCAAGGGUAUGUACUAUCUUGAGGAGCAUGGUAUGGUGCACAGGAACCUGGCUGCCCGGAAUGUGCUACUCAAGUCACCCAGUCAGGUUCAGGUGGCAGAUUUUGGUGUGGCUGAUCUGCUACCACCUGAUGAUAAGCAGUUAUUACACAGCGAGGCCAAGACUCCAAUUAAGUGGAUGGCCCUUGAGAGUAUUCACUUUGGGAAAUACACACACCAGAGUGACGUCUGGAGCUAUGGUGUGACAGUUUGGGAGUUGAUGACCUUUGGGGCAGAGCCCUAUGCAGGGCUUCGAUUGGCUGAAGUGCCAGACCUGCUAGAGAAGGGGGAGCGGUUAGCACAGCCCCAAAUCUGCACUAUUGAUGUCUACAUGGUCAUGGUCAAGUGUUGGAUGAUUGAUGAGAAUAUUCGCCCAACCUUUAAAGAGCUAGCCAAUGAGUUCACCAGGAUGGCCCGAGACCCACCACGGUAUCUGGUCAUAAAGAGAGAGAGUGGGCCUGGAAUACCCCCUGGAGCAGAGCCCCCUGCUCUGACAAACAAGGAACUGGAGGAAGUAGAGCUGGAGCCAGAACUGGACCUAGACCUAGACUUGGAGGCAGAGGAGGACAGCCUGGUGACCACCCUAGGUUCUGACCUCAGCCUACCAGUUGGAACACUUAAUCGCCCACGUGGGAGCCAGACCCUUUUAAGUCCGUCAUCUGGAUACAUGCCCAUGAACCAAAGUAAUAUUGGAGAGGCCUGUCCGGAGUCUACAGUUUAUGGGGGCAGUGAACGGUACCCCCGUCCGGUCUCUCUGCACCCAAUGCCACGGGGACGCUUGGCAUCGGAGUCCUCAGAGGGCCAUGUGACAGGCUCUGAGGCUGAAUUCCAGGAUAAAGCAUCAAUGUGUAGAAGUCGAAGCCGGAGCCGGAGUCCACGGCCACGUGGAGAUAGUGCCUACCAUUCCCAGCGCCACAGCCUGCUCACUCCUGUCACCCCUCUCUCCCCACCAGGAUUAGAGGAAGAGGAUGUCAAUGGUUAUGUCAUGCCAGAUACACACCUCAAAGGUACUUCCUCCUCCCGGGAAGGCACACUUUCUUCAGUGGGUCUCAGUUCUGUCCUGGGUACUGAGGAAGAAGACGAAGAUGAGGAGUAUGAGUACAUGAAUCGGAGAAGGCACAGUCCACCUCGUCACCCUAGACCUGGUUCUCUUGAGGAGCUAGGCUAUGAGUACAUGGAUGUGGGAUCAGACCUUAGUGCUUCUCUAGGUAGCACACAGAGUUGUCCACUCCAUCCUGUGCCCAUCAUGCCCACUGCUGGCACAACUCCAGAUGAGGACUAUGAAUACAUGAAUCGGCGGCGUGGUGGAGGUGGUCCAGGUGGGGAUUAUGCAGCCAUGGGGGCCUGCCCAGCAGCUGAACAAGGGUAUGAAGAAAUGAAGGCUUUUCAGGGGCCUGAACAACAUGCGCCUCAUAUCCGUUAUGCCCGUCUCAAAACUCUACGUAGCUUAGAAGCCACUGACUCUGCAUUUGACAACCCUGAUUACUGGCAUAGCAGGCUUUUCCCUAAGGCUAAUGCCCAGAGAACAUAACCCCAGCUCCCUGAGAUACUCAGGGAGCAUUUGAUGGCAGCUAGUGCCUCUAGAGGUUAUCUUCUUUUCCCUACUCCCUCACCCUUACAGGUCUCAGCUCCAUUUCUCCAGUCCUAGACAAUUCCAUUCAACCUUUGGAGGCUUUUAAACACUUUGACACCAAAUUUUUGUGGUAUGUAACCAGCUGUGCACUUUCUUCCCUUUUCUAACCCUAGGAAAGGAGAAGGUUUUUCUGUUUUGUUUGUUUUCCCAUUCCCAUUCCUCAGCUUCCUCAGGGGGACUCCCUGGAGAUAUGAAGGAUUACUCCCUAGGUCCCUUUCUCUCAGGCUCUUACUUGUUAGUAUUAGACUCUUAUGUGUGCCUCUGUUUCCCAUCAGACUGUCCUAAGGAAGAGGAGAAAGAGUAAACCUAGCAGAAGAAAGUAAAAUUUUGACUUACUACUCUUAAUCCCCUGGAAAGACCUGGAAGCUUAAAGUUUUGUGGAAUGAAGAGAAGUCAGAAGUAGAUAUUGAUCAUUAUUGAGUGAGCAUUUACUAUGAGCCAGGCAAAAUGCUAAACUUUACCAACAUUAUCUCACAUAAUCUUUUAUAAUCCUUAUAAUUUUGUGAGAAAGAUUAUUCUACUUU